CUGGGUUCUCUUUCAGAGCUGGUGAGGAUCUUCUUUUGUUUCACAGACCGCCCAGCGAGCUUGUGCGAAGCUCUGCGCGAGCUGUGCGCUUUCGCCUUUGCGCCUAAGCAGCCAUGUCAGUGGGGCUGCUUCUCACGGCCAACAGCGUUCCAUGCGGUGCGCAUGCGAAGCGUGAGUAUCGUGGCAUGGACAUUCGACCACGCCAGAUUCUGGCCACCUCCUUCCACGACCACACCGUUCAGCACCUGCAUUUGACCUCUACCUUCAAGAAGACGAAGCGCCACUUAAAGGUCUUGCAAGCGGACAUGGCGACGCCCCUACGGAGAAUCCGAUCCGAGCCGCAGGUGUCCAGCGACACGGUCGCUGGGCCGCGCGGUUUGGGUGGCCGAAAGCCGCCGAAGAGGGACCAGUGCGAGGUUCCCUCCGUGGAACUGGCGGGUCCGCUCCAGAAGAGUGCCUACAAGCCAGUGUGGGAUCUACCCGAAGAGCCAAUGGAGUUCUCGAAGAUGGAGUCCUUGAAUGACUCCUGGAACCGAAGUCGGAGCAGCCUCAAAGGGAGAUCCAACACCUCGAUGAAUGUCUCGAUGAACUUCCUUCAGAAGUCCUUGCAGAAUGACUACGAGCAGCAGGCGCAAUGGAACAGCAAGUGGAGUUUUAAGCGCCGUCGGGAUGGAGGUUUCUGGGCGAAGUGAGAUCUCCAUUCUUUGCCUUUCUGCCUGAGCGAGGAUGAUAUGUGAGCUUGUUUGAACAGAUGAGGACCACCCAGUGUGACACUAAGUAGAAGCAAAG